CAUCGGUAUUAAUUUUUUUCGAUUUUCAGGUAUAGCAGUAGGUGCAGCUAUUCCCACCUUGAUGGUUGAGAAUGGUGAUAAAGAUCAAGUCAAGAAGGAAUUGUAUCAAAUGUUCAUCCUUCAAAUAAUUCUGUCUGUUGCUGCUCUAGUUAUCGUAAUAUUAUUUUUCAGGUCGAAGCCACCUUCUCCUCCAAGUGCAUCACAGGCCUUACUUUCUUCAACUGAAAAUAAUGAGAAUAUAUCUUUCUGGACGUCAUUGAAGAGUUUUGCCAGGAACAGGGACUUCAUGUUAGUGCUCCUUUCAUUUGGUAUCAAUUAUGGUUUAUGGAAUAGUUUUGGCGUUUUGUUCAACCAAAUAUAUACAAAUUUUUUUCCAAAUGCAGACAAUGACUCAGACCUAGGAAUACUGACUUCUGCCACUGUUCUAUUAGGAGGUUGUUGUGGAAGUGUAAUUUUCGGAUAUCUAUUGGAUAAAACCCACAAAUUCAAAUUGGUCUCCUUCCUGGUGCUAUUCGCUAAUCUUCUGGCAACUAUAGCUCAAGCCAUAACACUUCUAUGCAAAAGUAGAAUAGGGACUUUCAUAGCCGUUCCAAUAAACGGGUUCUUCAGUGGAAGUUUGAUGGUGAUUAGUUACGAAUAUGCCAUUGAAACAACCUAUCCCACACCCGAAGCUUUCGGGGCUUCUGUGCUGAAUGUAGUUGUCUAUAUUUUUGCAAUAAUAUUUAUAGUUACUCUGAACUUUGUAUUUGAAAGUGCUGGAUACCUGGUUGGCUUCAUAAUCAUCGUGAUUCUAACAGCAAUUGGCACCUUCUCAAUUCUUUUAGUUUCUCCGGAACUGAAGCGGCGUAACGCUAAUUUAUUGUUGAACGGAGAUCAACAAUAGUUACGUCCAAUGAACGUAUUCUGAAAACAAUAGAAAUAAUUUGGCAGAGUUUUAGUUGAAUAAGCUCAAACUGUGAUAUGGAAAAAAAUGAAAUGUGUCAUAUUUAGAUUUUUUUUCGAAGCAUUGUAUGUGUAAUAUAUUGCUUGGACUGAA